CACAACUUACAUUCUCAUGGCAUCUACUUUGCUCUACACGGUCACCCUUGUUUGGUUACUCCUCCUCCUGACCUCUGCGAAUCCAAUUGAUUGGACAAACCAUGGUGGAGAUUUAUACAACCGUAGACAUGCCUAUGGUGAAACAAAGAUUAGCCCUGGAACAGUGGCUAACCUUCAACUUAAAUGGAAGUUUGUCGCUGGAAAAGAUAUAACUGCAACGCCAGCAAUAUAUGAUGACACCAUCUAUUUCCCGAGUUGGAAUGGAAACAUAUAUGCCCUUGAUGCAUCAGAUGGGUCAGUCAUUUGGCAACAAGAUAUUGGUCAACUAACAGGGCUUAACUCAACAGGACUUAUACCUGGAGUUAAUCGGCCUGUGUCAAGGUCGACUCCUACUGUUGCUCAUGAUCUUUUGAUCGUUGGAAUUUAUGGACCAGCUUAUGUUGUGGGGCUUAAUCGUAGUAACGGUGAACUUGUAUGGUCUACCCAACUUAGUACCCAUAACGCUUCUAUUAUCACCAUGUCCGGAACUUAUUAUAAAAGUGCUUUCUACGUGGGAACAUCUUCACUCGAAGAAAGCACCACCCUUGAAGCAUGUUGUACAUUUAUAGGAAGUUUCUUAAAGUUAAAUGCCAAAAAUGGUAGCAUCAUAUGGCAAACCUACAUGUUACCAGACAACAAUGGUAGCACCGAUGAAUAUGCCGGUGCGGGCUUAUGGGGAAGCAGUCCAUCAAUUGACAUUCACCGUAAUGCUGUAUACAUUGCCACAGGAAACAUGUAUUCAGCCCCAUUGAAUGUCACACAAUGUCAAGAAGCACAAAACAAUGAAACAACACCAAAUCAAGAAGAUAAGUGCAUAGAACCCGAAAACCAUUCCAAUUCCAUCCUAGCCCUGGAUUUGGAUUCGGGACACAUCCAAUGGUAUAAACAAUUAGGAGGCUACGAUCUAUGGAUUUUUGCAUGUAAUAAUCUUUCUACUCCAGGGUGUCCACCUGGCCCUAAUCCUGAUGCGGAUUUCGCGGAAGCACCGAUGAUUUUAACAACUAAUGCUCGUGGAUACAAACGUGACAUUGUUGUUGCAGUACAAAAGAGCGGGUUUGCUUGGGCUUUGGAUCGUGACAAUGGUAGCAUCGUUUGGUCUACGGUAGCUGGACCUGGGGGAGCUGGUGGAGGAGGUGCUUGGGGAUCCGCUACUGAUGGAAAGAUAAUCUACACCAACAUUGCAAAUAGUAUGCAAACUACAUUUACACUAAAACCAUCAAAUAUCACAACGACUAGCGGCGGAUGGGUGUCAAUGAAUGCCACAAAUGGAAACAUCUUAUGGUCAACGGCAAAUCCAAGUAAUGCAACCGCAAGUGGCCCAGUGAGUUUAGCCAAUGGUGUUGUGUUUGCUGGUUCAACCAAUGGAACUGGACCCAUAUAUGCCAUGAGUGGCACCACUGGAGAAAUUUUGUGGUCGUAUAACACCGGAGCCACAGUGUACGGUGGCAUGUCCAUAAGCGAUGGUUGUGUGUAUGUCGGCAAUGGCUACAAAGUAAAUUUUGGUGCUUUUGAUCCAACUUAUACACCCGGGACAACCUUGUUCGCCUUUUGCCUUCCCCCAUAACUAAAAACGGAAUUGUAAUUAAAAUGUGACACAAUAUUGUUUUUCAUGUU